CAAAUGUUCUCUGCUCAACACCUCCUGCGUAUCUUGAAAUCUUCUCACAUCCAACCCCCGCAAUCAUAUGGAGCCAUCCAAGCGCGCAGCCAACGAGCAGAGGGUUUCUUCUAUCGAGCCCAGCGACACAGAAGCAUCAUCCAGCGUUGCAUCCCAGCAAUCUGCUCCACCGACACCACAUUCGGUGUCCGAGACAGCAACGACGCCAAGCUCAGACACUUCUUCUCUAGCAAGUGCACCACCUUCCAAACCGGAGUCUCCUAUACCAGACUUCAACCCAGAAGACUGGAGCGCCCCAAUCGCCCACACCUACGCCGGCUGCACCGUCCUCAACUUCCCAGACGACAUGCACACCCUCACCAUCCAGGGCGCGGGAUUCCUCACCCACAUCUACACCUGCCCCGUCGGCGAUCUCGACUGGGACAAAGCCAUCGCCAACCUGCUGCAGUGGUGUAGUUUCGAGCAGCACCGCCAAGAUCCCCUCUGCCCCCAAGAACAAGCAGAACCCUCCUCCCCCCCGCCGAUUCACGGCCUGAUCCAAUGCCCCCCCUUCAUCCAGAUCUUCACCUCCCUCCACCCCUCCACCUUCCCCACCGUCCCCACCAAACUCAUAACCACAGGCAGAUUCGUUCGCUACCAACCCGCCCUGAAACCACUGUUCCACAUCCCGCACGACCUCCGUCGCGUCCCGGAGCUUUAUCACCGUAUCAUCCAGCUCGAGGAGCCCGACUUCUCCCUGGCAGAGGAUAUCCCAAACCUCUCGUGGCUGUUCGCCGAGCAGUACGCGCACAAGAAGUGGCGGUGGUAUCUGAAUCGACGGGCCGUGUGGGAGGCCACGAGGCCGCGGUUGUCGGAGGAGCAGAUGGAGAUUUGGUGA